CAUUUUAGUCAGCUGAUGUCUAGUGAAUUGUGUGGCGGAACUAAAUAUUCAGACCUCUGUUUCGAGGGACCGCUUAAAGCGACGCACCAACAAAAUAAACCAUUCACAUAUUCGCAACGAUGCGCAUUCUGGAUUGCUGCCAUGCAUUUACGCAUCAGUAAUAUUCAGCACAGGACAAAACAGCUUAAGGGUUUUCUCAUUUCUGAAAAUUAUUUUUCACUUAAAUUUCCUGUGCUGAGACUGGUACACCUUGGAGGGAUUACACAACACAAGACACCAAGUGUUAAAUUCAGUACAUCCUCUGUAAUGGCCAAAAGCAAGUUUGAAUACGUAAGAAACUUUGAGCUUGACGACACCUGCUUGAGAAACUGCUACAUUGUGGUUCGUCUGGAUGGACGCAACUUUCACAAAUUUUCUGAUCAACACAAGUUCAUCAAACCCAAUGAUAACCGAGCUUUGGGUCUGAUGAGUCGCAGCGCGCGAUCUGUUAUGGAGGAACUCGAGGACAUCACAAUAGCCUAUGGACAGAGUGAUGAGUUUAGCUUUGUGUUUAAAAGAUCAUCCAACUGGUUCAAAAGAAGAGCCAGUAAACUGAUGACCCAUGUGACUUCCCAGUUUUCCUCUAGCUUUGUUUUCUUCUGGAAGGAGUAUUUUGGGGAACAGCCGCUGCUGUACCCACCAAGCUUUGAUGGCAGGGUGGUGCUGUACCCUAGCAACCAAAACCUCAGAGACUACCUAAGCUGGAGACAGGCGGAUUGUCAUAUCAACAAUUUGUACAACACUACAUUUUGGACGCUGGUGCAGAAAGGUGGAUUGACCACUACUCAGGCGGAGGAGAGACUCAGUGGGACACAAGCUGCAGAUAAGAACGAGAUCUUGUUUUCAGAGUUUAAUAUCAAUUACAACAAUGAAUCCCCAAUGCAUAAAAAAGGAACUACAUUAUUAUGGGAAAUGGUGAAUGAAACCACAACUAAACAGAUCAAGCGACCGAAUGAGGCAGAGACAGAAGUUACUGUGACACGGACCAGGAAGAAAGUUACCACUCAUUUCUGUGACAUCAUCGGAGAUCAGUUCUGGGAAGAACAUACAGACAUUCUGGAAAAAGACUGAAUUGAACCAAAAACAAAUCUGCUUUUCAUUUUUAUAUUUAAUAAAAAUUCAAAUAUUUUA